AGUGUCUCACUUUGGCAGCGGACAUCGGGCUACUAGAAAAGUGUACUUACAGGCUGUAGAAGAGGCAGAGUUACUAACCGACCCCUCCUCCCAAUGUUUCUGAAUCUCUCACCAUUCUAGGCAUGGCUUCCAAAUAUGGAAAGGAGCUACAGCCGCGGCAGGGACCACAGAGAGCCUCCUUAGAUGAUUCUCAGCGUUCCCAUCUCUCUUCUUUCACCAUGAAGUUAAAAGACAAGUUCCAUUCGCCCAAAAUAAAAAGGACCCCAUCUAAGAAAGGGAAACAGCCUGAUCUAGUGGUGAAAUCGCCCGAGAAGGUAGUGAACAAGAACUUGACAAGGCUGGAAGAGAAGGAGAAGGAUGUAGUGAGCGCCCUACGCUACUUUAAGACCAUCGUGGACAAAAUGGCAAUCGAUAACAAGGUGUUGGAAAUGUUGCCCGGAUCUGCAAGUAAGGUUCUGGAAGCCAUUUUGCCCCUGGUGCAGACGGACCCACGGAUUCAGCAGAGUUCUGCCAUCACUUCCUGUUACAGCCGGUGCAAAACUGUUUCUGGGAACCUUUGUAAAAAUGCUCUUUCUGUCUCUCAGAACUUGACAAGGCUGGAAGAGAAGGAGAAGGAUGUAGUGAGCGCCCUACGCUACUUUAAGACCAUCGUGGACAAAAUGGCAAUCGAUAACAAGGUGUUGGAAAUGUUGCCCGGAUCUGCAAGUAAGGUUCUGGAAGCCAUUUUGCCCCUGGUGCAGACGGACCCACGGAUUCAGCAGAGUUCUGCCAUCACUUCCUGUUACAGCCGGGUGUAUCAGAGCCUGGGAAAUUUGAUUCGCUGGUCCGAUCAGGUGAUGCUCGAAGGAAUCAACGCUGAAGACAAGGAGGUGGUGAACACGGUCAAAGGGGUUAUCAAGGCUGUUCUGGAUGGAGUUAAGGAGCUGGUCAAGCUCACGAAUGAGAAGGAAGAACACCCCUCUCCCACAAGCCCAGUCAAGCCCAGCUUACCUGUGUGUACAGCAGACAGCCAGUUGGAGCUUCCCUUGACAGAUCGUGAGAUAGAGAUUCUCAACAAGACGGCAGGGAUAACUCCGACAGCAGAAGUGUUGGUGGAUACCACAGACGAAGAGAUUGCCCCACCGAAACCGCCCCUUCCUUGCAUUCGGGUCGCUGAAAACAGCCUCCCUCCUGCCCUGCCACCUAAGAAACGUCAGUCAGCACCAUCUCCUACACGAGUGGCUAUCGUAGCCCCCAUGAGCCGGACAACCAGUGGCUCCAGUUUACCCAUUGGAAUCAACAAACAGGAUUUUGAAAACGAUGGCUAUCCCCAGAGGAGGUUGUCGGGGGGCAGCCAGUCUUACGGAGGAGAAUCCCCCCGCCUGUCGCCGUACAGCAGCAUGGGGAAACUCAGCAAAUCUGAUGAACAACUCUCCUCAUUGGACUGUGACAGCGGGCAGUGCUCUCACAACACAAGCUGUGAAACAUUAGAUCAUUAUGAUCCUGAUUACGAGUUCUUGCAGCAGGACCUCUCAAAUGCUGACCAGAUCCCCCAGCCAGGACAUGGCGUGCUCAGCCCUUUGCCGGAGUGCCUGCGGGAAUCCGCCUCCCCGUUUCUCGGACACUCUUUCCAGCUGCCAGAGCAUUGUAUCUCCUCAACAGCUGCCCCGGCAGCUGAGAUCCCACCGGCUCUCCCGGAGAAGAAGAGGAGAGGAACAGCAGCCUCUGCUUUUGACGUUCCCAGCUGUCGGGUCCUGCUGGAGAGACAUCCUUCGCAAUAUGACAACAUUUCGGAGGAGGACUUACACAUUCCUCCGCUCUUGCCCUGGGUGUUCUCCACCCCUUUUGCGGCUGUGCUGCCCUAUCAGCCUGGGAAACCACCACCCCCUGUUGAAUUCCUCACGGAUUUUGCCAGUCCCAAUGCGGCCAGUGAAUCCGAGGAGCCCCCUCCCCUGCCCGAAAAAAAAAACAAACACAUGUUGGCCUAUAUGCAGUUUGUAGAAGAUUACUCUGAACCACAACCUUCCAUGUUUUACCAAACACCGCAGAACGAACACAUCUACCAACAGAAGAAUAAGCAUCUGAUGGAGGUGUAUGGAUUCAAUGACUCCUUUAGCAGCGCAGACUCUGGCCAGGAUCUGGCCCCACCUCCUGCCCUCCCACCAAAACAAAGGCAGCUGGAAUCUCCAGUAAUUAAGGAUGACCAUAUAAAAGAUUCUGCAUCUCUGAGUGGGACCCCAGGGAAGGAAAACCAUGAGAAUGAAAGACCACAUAAGUCACUAGAAUCUUUGGAAAACCCUCAGAUGGAGGAAGAAGUGGAUGAAUUGUCCCUAGUUAACCACAAUGAAAUCAUGUCCAGAUUGACGUUAAAGCAGGAGGGUGAUGAUGGCCCGGACGUACGUGGUGGAUCAGGAGACAUUCUUUUGGUGCACGCGACUGAGACGGCCACUGUGGAGGGGACGGUGAAAGACCUGGUGCUAUACUGUGAAGCCUUCUUGACGACGUACCGGACGUUCAUUUCCCCGGAAGAGCUCAUCAAAAAGCUUCAAUACCGAUAUGAGAAAUUCUGUCACUGUCCAGACAACAAUAAGAAACGAGUCAGCAAGAACACAUUUUUUGUCCUGGUGCGAGUGGUGGAUGAAUUGUGUUUGGUAGAGCUGACCGAAGAGAUCCUGAAGCUGCUGAUGGAGCUGGUCUUCCGUUUGGUCUGCAAUGGAGAACUUAGCCUCGCCCGGGUCUUGCGCAAAAACAUCCUUGACAAAGUUGACCAGAGGAAAAUGCUGCGUUACGCCCACUCGGUCAAGCCUUUGGCUGCUCGAUGGGUGGCAGCCAGGCCCGGCACCCUCCAUGAUUUUCACAGUCACGAGAUCUCUGAACAGCUUACUCUCCUAGAUGCGGAACUGUUUUAUAAGAUUGAGAUCCCCGAAGUUUUACUUUGGGCAAAAGAGCAGAAUGAGGAGAAGAGCCCCAACUUGACGCAGUUCACCGAGCACUUUAAUAAUAUGUCUUACUGGGUCCGUUCCAUAAUCAUGCAGCAGGAAAAGUCACAAGAUCGAGAGCGGCUGCUACUGAAAUUUAUCAAAAUCAUGAAGCACUUACGGAAACUCAACAACUUCAACUCCUACUUGGCCAUCCUCUCUGCACUGGAUUCGGCCCCCAUUCGGCGCCUCGAAUGGCAGAAACAGACCUCUGAGGGCUUGGCUGAGUAUUGUACCCUGAUUGACAGUUCAUCCUCCUUCCGGGCUUACCGAGCUGCUCUUUCUGAGGUGGAACCACCUUGUAUUCCUUACUUAGGCCUGAUCCUACAAGACCUGACCUUUGUGCACCUGGGAAACCCAGACUAUAUUGAUGGCAAAGUCAACUUUUCCAAGCGAUGGCAACAGUUCAACAUCCUGGACAACAUGAGACGCUUCCAGCAAGUCCAUUACGACAUCAGACGUAACGACGACAUCAUUUCGUUCUUCAACGACUUCAGCGACCACCUAGCCGAGGAGGCGUUGUGGGAACUAUCGCUCAAAAUCAAACCCCGAAACAUCACGCGGCGAAAAACAGACCGGGAGGAGAAGACUUAGAAGGGGGGAGCAGCGAGGCCGUGAGCAUCCAUUUGGGAACUUACACAGAGGGCAGAAUCCUAAGCCUUGGCACGCUGACCAGAUCUCCAUCACCUCCUGAGCUGGUGGUGGGAGAGUCUCCAUGUCCUCCCCUCCGAUCUUUUUCCACAGCUGUCGGGCCAUCGUACAUCAGCCUCCCAGUUUGGAAAGAGAAGGAAGGAAAAGAAACCGAACUGGUGACUUUCUGUUUUGUCCAACGCCAAGUUUUACUUGCGCGCGGGGUGGGAGAGAGAGAGGGACCCAUCCAGCGUACAUUUUUGCACACUCUUCAGAGGGACGCAAAGCAAGAUCUCUCGUGUCGUGCCAAGGUGUAACCAGCCAGGAUGGGUUUGGUCAAGGGCGUUUCCUGAUGACUACUCCAUGGAGAACCAUCUCAGAUACUUCCACUCUAUGAGAGAACCUGGAAAAGGUAGAGCCAGGGAGGCUGGGUGGGGUGGAGAUAAGCCCUGGUUCUCCACCUUCCUUGGCAGAGUUUGUGUUUACACAGCACCAUCGGAUGAAGUCGUUGAUCUAAAGCCCUUAUGAACAGGGACAACAGAAGUUGGAGGAUGGCUUUUCUGACCGUUCUUCUCUCAAUCUCUUCCAUAAACUUGGAUCGCUUCCUUCUUCAAUCCGGGACUCUGGCAUCGUCUCUGACCUCCCCACCCCACCCCAACUUCCUGAUUUCCACCAUGGAAUGGGAAACGUCUAACUUAGUGAUGGUACUAGCUUGUAACGCAGUAAAUAUGUAGAAAAACACAGCCGCCUGUACAUACGGGAAUCUAGAACUGUUCUGUUUUUGUUUUGAUGUGCAUGUUUCAAUGGCACGUGGACUUCUCCCCCCCCCCCUUUUGGCUGUUUGUCAUUUGGUUUGGGUUGGUUUUUGGGUUUUUUUGGCAAGGAAUUAUUAAAAAAAAAAAAAUGGAUAGGAAAGACACAAACAGAUCUCUACUCUGUGAAGGCAUCAGCCCAGGGUCAGAAUGGAGGUGGUUAGGUGAUCGCUGGACUUACAUCAAGCCCACCAUGGGCAGGAUUAAACCAAGAUGGUUUGGAUCUUUGGGCCCCAGAGGUGAUGGCCAAACAUAAAUUUAGCCCCCCCCCAUGAAAAUAAGAGGCAGAAUCCCCCCGAAUAUUCUAUUCCAGCACACCUUUCAGAUAUGUUGGACUACCACUCCCAGGCUGCACUGCCAGCAUUUUUAUCCUUCCUCCGCUUCCCUCAAGGUAUGUGCUGGAGAAAUUUCCAGGAUUCCCCCAUUCUCUGCUCCUUGAAAUCAGGCGCCCAAAGCUGUUUGCUUCCCAAAAGUGUUGCCUUUCCCAUGUGGGAGAGUUCAGGGUUUCUGGCAUGAAAAGAAAUAAUAGGAAGCCCAUUCCUGCUUUGAUUUUCUCCUCCUACGCAGUGGCCAAAUCUGGAAAAUCUGAGGUUUCCUUGCUUCACAAAUCCCCUAUCUCCUUCUUCAUCACCACCACCACUACCACCAUCAUCCAAUCUUCUCUCUUUUCCUUCUCCUCCAUCAUCUUCAUCCCUUCUUC